UGGCAACAUUGUUCUUGUGCCUAGAACAAAUUAAUUCAAUUACCUUCCCCGUAGAGAUAGGACGACUGUGGACUGUGACUAACUAAUUUGGAUAAACAAGGCUUGUGUGAAUAUUUCGAAUAACUUCGAUUAUUCGCCAAUAUGGAUCAGGAACAACUGAAAACUUUGCUCGACAAAAACACUGAGCACUUCCCAAGAGUUUUGAGGAAAUUUAAUGAAGAGAAUGCAGAUCUAUUUCAAUUUGAGAAAUUCCACAAGAAUGACUUGUGGUUUAGUUUGUGGAAGGCUGUUUUUGGAAUAUUAAACGAUGAUGGUCUGGAGAAGUACCACACCGUGUGUUUGAACACUAUCAGAAUAUUGUCUCGCGACGAAAGUAGUCUGUUGAAAAAUAACAUAGUUCCUGAUAUAAGCUGUCUCCUAAAAUUGGCCCAUUUGGUGGCUUCUGGUGGCGCAAAUAUGGCAGCCACCACACCGGACGCCAUUGAUCAAAGCUACAAUACAGAUGUAGUUGUGGAAGCACUGAAAUGCCUUUGCAAUUUGGUAUUUCAAAAUGUCGAAGUGCGAAGGGAGUGCAUUCGUCAAAAUGUGGCCGAUGUUAUUUUCCAGCGUUUGUCAUCAUCAACGCAGACGGAAUCAUCGAUAGAACUCUUUGACAUGAAGUUGUUGUUUCUUGUAACAGCUUUAGAUACAACGGUCCGUAGUCGAGUUUUGAUAGAGCUAAACGGUCUCACUUAUCUAACGGAACUGUUAGAUGAGAAAUUUCGGGUCACUUCGGAAUUCAGUGCCCAGCAGUUCGACGUUGCCAUUGAACUGCUCAAAGUUAUGUUCAACAUAACGUCGAGCAGCGACAAGAGUCCCAGUGAAAAUGAGAUUCAAAGUCUACACCUGACCAGUGUGAUUCGUGAAAUACUUAUCCGCUUUAGCGAUAUGAAAACGGAUCGUGAGCGUUCCGUAAUUGCGCAUUCCAUAGAUCUACUGACGAAUAUAUCCAGCAGCUGCCUUAGUGAAUUAAUUGUGAAAUGUGAUAGCACAGCCAAGUCAUCCGAAAAACGUCCCAUAUUCGAGUGCCGUAAUGUAAGUGCCCUGAGUACUGUUCUGCGUUAUUUGCACUACACCUUGGAAGAGAACGAGAAGAGUUCAUCGACCAACAAAAACUUGGUUACGCCGGUAUUGGCCAUUUUGGUGAAAUGUAUUUCCAGUAAUUCCAUCAUGAGGCGAUAUGUACGUAGUGUAAUACUGCCACCUCUAAGGAAUGUCUACAAACGACCCGAAGAGGGCAAUGAGCUAAGAAAUUAUUUAUGUCGACUCCAGGGAAGUCCUGACCUGGUAGUCCGAAAUCUAACCUAUGAGCUGCUACUAGUUUGUUGCAAAAAGAACCAAAGCCGGCUUAUUAAAUACUUUGGAUACGGCAACAUGGCCGGAUUAUUUGCGAAUGCAGGCUUGAUGGCGGGCCGUAAAGUGGAGACCAACGAAUUCUCAUCGGAAGGAGAGGACAGUGAUACACCGGAGUAUAAUGACAUGAGACAUGCAAUCAAUCCAGUUGUUGGUUGCUAUGUACCACCCACACCAAACCCUCUGGACAAUAUGACCGAGGAGCAAAAAGAAUACGAAGCGGAAAAACUUGUGAAUCUAGUGGACCAAUUACAUCGAGGUGGUAUCAUACAACCGUGUCGCAUAAAUGCCGAGGGCAAGCCCGAACCGGUCGAUCAUAUCUUGGAGCUGCAGGAAGAAUUGCCUAAACAGCACGACCUGCACAAAAACGCCAAAGAAUAAAUUCAUGCGAGAGACGUGAACAAAUCUGGAACUGUUUAUCCAAUACAGCAAUAAUCCUUAUUCAUAUAACAGUCACACAACGUUGCAUACAUACAAGCAUUUGUCCCUGCAACGAGAGAAACAAAUAGGCCAUUCAUUCCAAACUCCAAAAAGUGACUAGAAAGUAGUUGGUCCAACGUAAAUGAAUGUGAAUGAAAGGCGUAAUGUAAAUGUGAAAUGCAAAUAAAAAAGAUGCUGCUUCUUGUAUUUGCUGCUUA